GAACAGUUCCACUUGCAUUUCUUCAUUACAAUAUAUCGAAAGCAAUUUUUAAACCAGUUCUCACUACAAAACUCAAACUAUAAUUGGUGUUAAUUUGGGUCACAACGGUUAAAAAAUUCGGUGCAUCAGUAUAUUCGACUUAGUUGGAACUAAAAACCAGAAGGAAACUAUGAAGCCACGACCAGCAGCAUCGUUGCGUUUAUGUUUACUUUGUAACGCAUUCAACAGCAUGACGCAACGUAUUUAUUUGGAAUGUGUCGAGCUGGGUCAUGAUACAGAGGUCGUAAUUUUCGACGAGACGGAGGAAGUGUUACAAACUAUUGCAACACUACAACCUGAUUUAAUCAUCUGUCCAUUCUUAACUAAAAGAAUACCCAUCGAAAUGUACAGUAAUGUGCCGUGUCUGAUUGUUCAUCCGGGUAUUGAAGGAGAUCGCGGUAUGUCGUCUAUUGAUUGGGCAUUACUUGAAAAUACGCUGCAAUGGGGUGUGACAAUUCUUCAAGCUGAAGAAGAAAUGGAUGCUGGCGAUAUUUGGUCGACGAAUAAUUUUCCUAUUGAACGUCGAUAUGGUGGUGCACCGACAAAAUCCAGUUUAUAUCGGUUCGAAUGCAUUCAUGCUGCUGUUAAAGGUAUUCGUCAGGCACUUGAAAACUAUUCAAAACAAAUUCCACCUCGUCCAUUGGAUUACACGAAUCCCGACGUCAAAGGUACUUUACGUCCAAGAAUGAGUAACAGUGAUCGACAGGUGGACUGGUUAAAAUCGGCUGCAGAAAUUGUCCGAAUUAUUAAUGCGUCCGACUCGCAACCCGGUGUUUUGGAUUCAUUUGCCGAUGAAAAAUACUUUUUAUUUGGAGCACACGAAGAAAAUUUGCUCGACCUAUCAUCGUAUUCUUCGGAGAUUCAUACGAUCUUAGCACGGCGAAAUGGUGCCAUUUUGAUCCGUUGUGGACAUGAAAGUGCCGUGUGGAUUACGCACUUAAAGAAAAUGAAUACAAAAAAUGAAAAAUUCUUUAAAUUACCAGUGACUAUCGUUCUACCCGCUGAAAUAGUACAAACUAUACCAAUCGCACCAGACCAAGGGUUGCUCGUUGAAUUUGGUGCUACGCCCCGUACAUUCCAAGAAAUUUUCUGUUGGCAAGAUGAGAAAAUCGCUUAUCUGUGGUUUGAUUUUUAUAAUGGUGCAAUGAGCACGGAUCAAUGUGAGCGGUUGUCAGCAGCAAUUGAUCAAACACUUGCAACAAUUUCGGGUAAAAUUCUUGUGUUGAUGGGCGGAUUCAAUUUUUUCAGUAAUGGAAUUCAUUUGAAUACGAUUGAAGCAGCCAAUGACCCGGCUAAAGAAUCAUGGGAUAAUAUCAAUGCAAUCGACGAUGUGGUCCUCCGUAUUUUAACAUGCAAAUCUCGUUGGACGAUUAGUGCAUUGCAAGGGAAUGCAGGUGCUGGUGGAGUCAUGGCAGCAUUAGCGGCAGAUAACGUUGUGGUACAUCCUGAUGUGGUGUUAAAUCCAUCAUAUAAGGCGAUGAAUUUAUAUGGAUCGGAAUAUUGGACAUUUUCUCUCCCGAAUCGCGUGGGUAAUGCACGCGCCGAACAAUUAACGAAUAGUACAAAUCCAGUCUCCGCACGGCAAGCUGUUGAGAUUGGUUUGAUUGAUCAGAUCUUGGGCACGGAUUUCAAUACAUUCUUUGAUUCAGUGCAAGAAUAUGCACAGACCAUGGCGAAAAAUCCAAAUUUGGAUGAUAUGAUUGCUAAAAAGCAAGUGAAUAUUGACCCAGCAUUUAACGAAAAAAUCGCUAAACAUCGAAACAAUGAACUCGAGCAAAUGAAGAAAUGUUUUGAAGAUCCAACGUAUCAUGGAAAACGUCGGGCAUUUGUGUAUAAGAGCAAAUAUUUGCCAUGUGUCGCAUCGAGUAUGCAAAAUGGUCACAAUGAAUGCAAAUAAUUCUCCACGGAAUUGGUAUGUUUCAGUAAUUAUAAAAAAGACUUCAUCAUAAAUAUAAUAGAAGAAUAUCACUCAAGGACAACACAAUUGAUUUAAGUGUUAGCUCAGUUACCGUCAGACGUCAGAGUCAUCAAAGCCACUAUUUCAUUCUAAAGUUCAUUGUAUUAAAUUCUAGGUUAAAAUUUAGUUUAAAUGACAGAAGAGGAUUAUGUUAUCCAACUUGUGCCCAGACAUAAUUAAAUGAAGAUCAGCCGUUGCACGAGUUUUUUGUAAGGCUAAUUUUUCAUUGCAACAAAAAUCUGGAAACAUUACUCACGACCGAUCGAAUCCAUUGAUUAUAAUAA